CGGUGCAGCCGCAUGAAAAAAUUCUCCCUCUCUAAAAGCUGCGUAAAACCUUCGUCUCUCUCUGAUUUUGAUGCAACAAGUUGCAGAUGGCCAUGAAUUCAAAGGCACUCCUAAAUUCUCAACUUCCAUGGUUCCCAUGAAUUCUUAGCCAUUUCAUAGAAGGGGAACCCCAAUUCUCCUCUACUGCCACAAUAAUGGCUCCUCCUGCUCAGUCUCAGAAGAUCCCCCCUCCUUCACAACCAUCUGGAAAAGGAGAAGUAAGCGAUCUGAAGCUUCAACUGCGACAGUUAGCAGGGAGCCGAGCUCCAGGAACUGAUGACCUAAAACGCGACCUCUUCAAAAAGGUGAUAUCUUACAUGACCAUAGGGAUUGAUGUCUCUUCUCUCUUCAGUGAAAUGGUGAUGUGCUCUGCAACUUCUGAUAUAGUUCUCAAGAAGAUGUGUUAUCUUUAUGUUGGUAACUAUGCGAAGGGAAAUCCAGAUCUGGCUCUUCUCACCAUUAAUUUCCUUCAAAGGGACUGUAAAGAUGAGGAUCCCAUGAUAAGAGGACUAGCUCUGAGGAGCCUGUGUUCUCUUAGGGUUAAGAAUUUGGUCGAGUAUUUGAUAGGGCCUUUGGGGUCGGGGCUUAAGGAUUCGAGUAGUUAUGUGAGAAUGGUUGCAGCCAUUGGAGUCUUGAAAUUGUAUCAUAUCUCUGCAACUACGUGUAUCGAAUCAGAAUUCCCUGCAACUCUCAAGACCCUAAUGCUUCAUGAUCCAGAUGCUCAAGUCGUUGCAAAUUGUUUGUCGUCGCUACAAGAGAUUUUGAGCAUGGAAGUGAGUGAGGAAGCCUCCAAAGAGAGGGAAACAUUGCUUAGCAAGCCUAUUGUAUAUAACCUUUUAAACAGGAUCAAGGAAUUCAGUGAAUGGGCCCAGUGCCUUGUACUUGAUUUGGUAUCUAAAUACAUACCCUCUGACAACAAUGAGAUAUUCGAUAUGAUGAAUCUUCUUGAGGAUAGACUCCAACAUGCAAAUGGCGCUGUUGUUUUGGCUACAAUCAAGUUGUUUCUCCAUUUGACCAUGUUGAUGACGGAUGUGCAUCAACAGGUCUAUGAGCGAAUUAAAGCACCUUUACUGACCUUAGUGAGCUCUGGGAGUCCUGAACAAUCUUAUGCUGUUCUCGGCCACCUCCAUCUUUUGGUUAUGAGAGCCCCCAUGCUGUUUUCAUCGGACUACAAACAUUUCUACUGCCAGUAUGGCCAACCAUCAUAUGUUAAGAAAUUAAAACUUGAGAUGUUAACGGCUGUUGCCAAUGAGAGCAACACCUAUGAGAUCGUGACGGAAUUGAGCGAAUAUGCCGCUAAUGUUGAUGUUGCCAUAGCGAGGGAGUCAAUUCGGGCUGUUGGAAAGAUUGCAUUACAACAAUAUGAUGUAAAUGCCAUUGUGGACAGGCUUCUUCAGUUUUUGGAGAUGGAAAAAGAUUACGUGACUGCAGAAACUCUGGUCCUCAUUAAAGAUCUUCUGAGGAAAUACCCUCAAUGGAGUCAUGAUUGUAUUGCUGUCGUUGGUAAUAUUAGUAGUAGAAACAUUCAAGAACCAAAGGGCAAAGCAGCUCUUAUAUGGAUGCUGGGAGAGUAUUCUCAGGAUAUGCUUGAUGCACCUUAUACUCUUGAAAGUCUGAUUGAUAACUGGGAUGAAGAGCAUUCUGCUGAGGUCCGGUUGCAUUUGCUGACUGCUGUGGUAAAAUGUUUCUUUAAGAGGCCUCCUGAAACUCAGAAGGCUCUAGGCGCUGCUUUGACUGCUGGUUUGGCAGAUUCUCAUCAGGAUGUUCAUGAUCGGGCCUUAUUCUACUACAGGCUUUUGCAGUAUGAUGUUGCUGUAGCAGAACGUGUUGUAAACCCACCAAAACAAGCAGUUUCAGUAUUUGCUGAUACUCAGAGCAGUGAAAUUAAAGAUCGUAUAUUUGAUGAGUUCAAUAGUUUCUCUGUUUUAUACCAGCAGCCUUCCUACAUGUUUACUGACAAGGAACACCGUGGACCGUUUGAGUUCUCAGAAGAAACUGCUAAUUUGUCAAUAGGAGUAGAAUCUGCGGAUAAUGGAAUUCCAUCUCAGAGAUUUGAAGCAACUGAUAAUGAUCUUCUCUUAAGCACAUCUGAGAAAGAAGAAAAUAGAGGACCCAGUACUAAUGAUUCAUCUGCAUAUAGUGCGCCUGACUAUGCUGCCCAUUCACAACAAGAGAUGGGUCUCCCUACUUUACCAUCCAAUGUUCAACAGUUUGGCUUUGCCAUCGAUGAUCUUCUUGGUUUGGGUCCACCUGUUGCAGCUUUGCCACCUCCUUUGAAGCUUAAUAGUAAAGCUGUCCUGGAUCCAGCAAAUUUUCAGCGGAAAUGGGGUCAACUUGCUACAGCUUUAUCAAAGGACUGCUCUUUAACACCACAUGGUGUGGCUUCUUUGACGACACCUCAAGCCCUUCUCCAUCACAUGCAAGGCCACUCCAUCCAAUGCAUAGCUUCGGGUGGUCAGCCUCCCAACCUCAGGUUCUUCUUCUUUGCUCAGAUAGCCGAUGAGCCCCAAUCCACCUCUUCCUUCUUCCUUGUGAAGUGUGAUAUCAACACUUCUUCGGCAAAGGCUCAGAUAGUGGUUAGAGCUGAUGACCAGAGCAAAUCUGAUGCCUUUUCAUCUUUGUUUGAAUCAGCUUUGCUCAAACUUGGGACGCCAUAAUUCCCUCAAAAUUUUAGGGUUCCAUAUUGAAGUAUUUCCUCAUGAUUUCUUGGUUUGAACCCCCAGCUUAGUAGAUUAGAAAGGAAAAAGGAAAACGAAGGGAAGGAUCAAUAAUAUGGAAUUUUCCCUCUAAUCAUAACUGUUCUUUCUGUGAUAAAAUGAUGACUCCAGUUUUGAUCAGAUGUCAUGGUAUAUUUAUGUAUUAUUGUGUAAAAUGUUCCAUUCUUUUGGUGAAUCCAGGAAAAUGCCUGAGUUUUUGGGAGCAUUCUAGGAAUUUUUAAUAUAUAUAACCAAAUAGCACGUUUAUAUUUCCAGGAACUUGUCGGGAUCUUGAGAUUCUUGGCAUGUUCAAUUAACUGUUAACUGUUAUUGAGUUGUAAAAGAUGUUGUUUUCCUCA